UAACAUGCCCUCUCUGCACAGGUAGCAAUCAUGGCUCCCACGCUGAAACCAAUCACACAUCUAUUGAUGUUGCUGCUCUUGGGAGGAUCCUAUGUUAGCUGUGAAGAAAAAUGGUGCUAUGACAAGCCAAGCUGUGGCCCCCUUACAUGGAAACGCCUGGGCCAGUGCAAUGGCAAGAAGCAGUCUCCCAUCAACAUUGUCACCACGUAUACACAGCCUGAUUCCUGUCUGGGUCCCUUGACAUUGUCCGGCUAUGAGGACCGCUGGAGGCCAAGAGAGCUUUUGAACAAAGGGGACUAUCCUGAUGUUGAGAUGAAGGAAGGAGCCACUGUUUCCAGCCCCAGCCUCCCAGCCAAGUACCACCUGAAGUCCUUCCACUUCCACUUUGGCACCAACCACCAUGCAGGCUCAGAACAUGCCAUUAAUGGCCAGCACUACUCAAUGGAGCUCCACGUCGUCCACACUAAAAAUGGCAUAAGCACCAAAGAAGCGGCGAAGGACCCACAGGGAUUCGUUGUCCUGGGAUUCUUCAUACAGAAGUCCUUUGAGGCUCCUUUUGACGGUGUAUGGAAUUUUCUGGCUAGUAGCCUGCGCAGAAUCCCAGAAAAAGGUGACUCUGUGCCACUGAAUGGGGAAUUUUCUCUUUCGGACUUAUUGAGACCAGGAGGUAGAGACACCGUUAAAAUUACAGACAAGUAUUACCGCUACCAGGGCUCCCUCACCACUCCCAACUGCUCUGAAGCUGUGACCUGGUUUGUCUUUCCUAAUGUCAUCAAGGUGCAUCCCUAUGUGGUGAAGAAAUUCACCAACUCGCUCUUUUUUACCACCAAAGAAGAAAAUCGGCGUAUGCAGGAUAAUUACCGUCCUGUGCAACCAUUGAACAACCGAAGGAUCAGUGCCUUCAACCUAAAUGAGUAUGAUCCGGCACAAUGCCCUGGCAAUAAUUUUGGGGCCGAAGAGUGUGUGGAUUGCAAGGACUGAUGGCAACGGUUUUCUUCUGCUUGAAAGAUCCGAGCUAUGCAGGGAGUUCCAUCUCCUGACCCAAGAAUCAAUAAUUUCUCAAUGU